ACCUUUCAUCCUCCACCUAUCCCUCGCCUCCAAUUACCUACACCUACACCUAUCUACCUACUUAACAUCCCUUCCAACCCAAUGGCCACCAACUAACCACCCACCAAAUCCCUCCAAACGACAUCACCGACACCAUGUCCUCCGAACUACGCCAACGCCAGAAACAAUCCUCAUCCUCCAAAUCACCCCCCAAACCCAAACCCUCCACCCCAUCCAACAACAACAAUGCCCGCGGCAUCUCCAUCCUCGACUUCCUCCGUGUCCUAGCGACACUCAUAAUCGCCACCCUCGGCCUAUCCUACUACAUGACAGGAUCCGAAUCCGUCCUAUUCGGCUACAGACCCUGGUUCACACGAUGGCCCGUCGUCCUCCGCUACAUUGAAGGUCCCCUAACCCUAACCCCCUCCCAACUCUCCCUCUACAACGGCACCGACCUGACCCUCCCAAUCUACCUCUCCGUAAACGGCACCAUCUUCGACGUCUCCGCCAACCCCCUCGUCUACGGCGCAGGCGGCCACUACAACUUCUUCACGGGGAAAGAUGCCACCCGGGCUUUCGUGACCGGUUGCUUCAAGGAAGAUCUGACGCCUGAUAUGCGAGGCGUAGAGGAGAUGUUCAUUCCGAUUGAUGACCCGGAGGAAGAGAAGAAGUUGAGUAGUGGGGAGAGGAAGACGAGGAGGGAGCAGGAUUUGAGAAUCGCGAGGCAGAGAAUUGCGAAGCAGGUGGCGCAUUGGGAGGGGUUUUUUAGGAAUCAUAAGAGGUAUUUUGAGGUGGGGAAGGUGGUGGGCAUUGAGGAGUUUGUUGAGGAGGAGAGGGCGAGGGAGGGGGGAAGGUCAGGGAGCUUUGUACGGCGGCGAGGCAGCAGAGGGGGAGGAGGGAUGCUGCUGGGAAGAAGUAGAUAGAGG